AUGAACUUGAUCACUGUAGCCAUAUUAGUCCUCUUGCUUCUCUCUGCCGCAAUUGUCAUUCAUCUGGUCUACUUCAUCGCAGAUCCGCAUGCUCUUUGUUCGUAUCCAGGACCCUUCCUAGCCAAGAUAUCGGAUAUAUGGCUUGGACGGGUUGCUGCCCAGGGACAUCGGUCUGAGCUUGUUCACCAACUCCACGAGCAGCAUGGCAAGCCUCACCACGCCAUGCAAGACCGUCGAAUCUUUGUCCGGCUCGCGCCGAACCACCUAUCCAUCAGCGACCCCGCCGCCAUUCAGGAGAUUUACGCGCACGGGAACGGAACGACGAAGUCCGACUUCUACGACGCGUUUGUGUCGAUCACGCGUGGGCUCUUCAACACCCGCUCGCGCGCGGACCACUCGCGCAAGCGCAAGGUCGUCGCGCACGUCUUCUCGCAGAAGAGCGUGCUCGAGUUCGAGCCGUACACGCGCGUGCACGUCGCGGCGCUUUUCCGGCAGUGGGACCGGCUGUGCGGACUCGGCGCGAAGGGCUUUGCGGGGAAGGAGGGGGAGGGGUGGCGGGGCGAGGACGGUCGUGUGUGGAUGGACUGUUUGCCGUGGUUCAACUACCUCGCUUUCGACAUCAUCGGCGACUUGGCCUUUGGGGCACCGUUUGGAAUGCUUCAAGCCUGCGCUGACACAGCACCAACUGUCUUAUCCCAGGAGGCCGCAAUGGCAUCGUACGGCAGCUCAGAGAAAGGCUCCCCGGAGGUGACCUACUGCCCUGCCGUGCGGAUCAUCAAUGAGCGCGGCGAGUACUCUGCGUCGAUCGGUGUGUUGCCGACGCACUGGCGACCGUGGCUGGCCCGGUUCGUCCCCUGGUACCGCCAAGGAAGUGCUUCGGUGGAGCUACUAGCGGGAAUGGCUAUUGCGGCGAUAUCAAAGCGGUUGGCUGCGCCGACGGAGAGGACGGAUCUGCUGUCGAAGCUACAGCAAGGGAAGGACAAAGAGGGGAGCCCGUUGGGUGCGAAGGAGCUCACCGCGGACGCGCUGACACAGCUUAUUGCCGGGUCGGACACAACUUCGAACACUUCGUGCGCGAUCGCGUAUUACCUUGCGGUCAACCCUGAUGUCCAGCAGAAGUUGCAAGCCGAGCUGGACGCGGCGCUAAGCGGCGAAGAGGACCCCAUCGUCACCUUCGAGCAAGUCAAGCGUCUUCCGUACCUUGAUGCGGUAAUCAACGAGGGCAUGCGCGUACACUCAACCUCUGGAAUCGGUCUGCCGCGCGAGGUUGCUUCGGGUGGCCUGACAGUGUGUGGGCGGUUCUUCCCUGAGGGAACGGUCCUGUCAGUGCCGACAUAUACUGUUCACCGGAACAAGGAGAUAUGGGGGAGCGAUGCCGACUUAUUCCGACCGGAACGAUGGCUGGAACGCGACAAGAACGAACUCCAGAAAGCGUUCAACCCAUUCUCUUUCGGGCCAAGGGGAUGUAUCGGACGCAACCUCGCGAGCAUGGAAUUGUUUAUCAUCAUCGCUUCUGUAUUCCAGCGUUACCAUUUCGUCUUGGAAGAACCAAGUCAGAAGGCAUGUCUCCAAGGCCUGUAUCGCGGUCCUAGCCUGAGGAUGCUGAUGAUGAUCCCACAGUUAGAUAUCAAGGAGGGAUUCUUGCGAAAGCCUGUGAUGUGCAGGGUAGGAAUGAAGCGCAGAGGCGCAGGCAUGUGA